AUGUCUAGCGGGCCUGAGAUCUCCCUCCUGCCACUCGGCGCCAUCAUCCAGUCCUUCGUCGUCGACGGCGUCAACAUCGUCCAGGGCUUCCCGACGCAGGAGCUCUACGUGUCGCACAACGGCCCGUACUUUGGCGAGACCAUCGGCCGGGUCGCCAACCGCAUCAAGAACGCGAGGAUCGACUCCCUCAACGGCUCGAGCUACCCCCUCGCCGCGAACAACGCGCCCAACAGCCUGCACGGCGGCGUCGAGGGCUGGGGCAAGAGGGUCUGGGAGGGCCCCAAGCCCGUCGGUAUUAGGCAGAUCCCCGGCGUGGAUGGGCUCGACGGCGGCGAGAGCGUCGAGUUCAAGCUGACGAGUAAGGAUGGCGAUGAGGGUUUCCCUGGCGAGGUCGUGGUCAAGGUCAUCUAUACGACCGGCACGCAAAACGUCGCUGGAAAGGAGGUCGUUGUGCUCGGGAUCGAGUACGAGGCUGAACUGGUCGGCGGCGCAGAGGAGACGGUUGUCAACUUGACCAACCACUCCUACUUCAACCUGACCGGUGGCAAGACGAUUGAGGGGACUGUGGUGCAACUUUGCACUCCUUCCUAUCUACCUGUCGACUCUGACGGCAUUCCAACAGGAGGCCCCGAGGUGUUCUCUAAAGUCGCCACAGACAAGACUUUCACGCUGGGCGCAACAGACCCCGAUAUCGACGACUGCUUCGUGGUCGACGGUUCAGCAUCGCCCAGCUCUGGCCCCCUCGACACGAGAAACCAGCCUUUGACAAAGCUCGUCUCUGCGCACCACCCCGAGUCCAAGAUCCACCUCGAGGUGCUCAGCACGGAGCCUGCUUUCCAGUUCUACACUGGCAAAUACAUUGACGUGCCUGCUGUUGAGAAUGUCCCAGCAAGGGGAUCCCGGAGUGGCUUUUGUGUCGAGCCCAGUCGCUUUGUGAAUGCGAUCAACGUCGAUGAGUGGAAGAGCCAGGUGCUUGUCAGGAAAGGCGAGAAGUAUGGUGCCCGCAUCGUGUACAAGGCCUGGAAAGAGUAG